AUGCCUUCGCUUGGAGCUGUCCCAGCCAGCUCAAGUACAGACGACCUCAUCAACGCCGGUUCUGCGAUCCCUCUCGUCCAACUUCCCCACCGCUCCUCCGAUUCGCCUCACUCCUCGCACGACUGGCCGACGGAGGGUGCGCAUGAUUCUGCCGGACGAAGACACGAUGAACGAGGAAAGGGACUUUAUGGCGGGCGGGUUAAUGAUGGCCUAGACACGGGGGACGAGGCGAAAGGACGGACGAGCGAAGAAGAGGAGGACGAUGGGGAGGCACGGGGGCUGUUGGAUGAUGCCGAAGCGCUUUUCGGGAAGGAAGACGACGGAGAAGCGGAUUCUGCGGCGGCGAUAGUCGUGCCCGAGACGGAUGACCCUUCUUUGCCGACCCUGACACCUCGCGUAUGGAUCCUUGGGACGCUGCUCUGCGUGUUCGGCGCCGCCGUCUCGCAGCUCUUCUUCUUCAAGAGUAACGCACCAAGCUUCUCCUCCUUCUUCAUCAUCCUCAUCGCCCACCCGCUCGGCAAAUGGAUGGACCGCCUCCUUCCCGACACACUUCGUCGCGGCACCUGGAACAAGAAGGAGCACAUGCUCGUCGGCAUCCUUGCUGGGUCGGGCGCGUCGGCAGCCUACGCAGGCGAGAUCAUCUCGGUGCAGGACCUGUACUACCACAGCGACCUCGGCAACUUCGGAGGUUUGCUCCUCCUCCUGUCGACGCAGCUUAUCGGAUUCGGCUUGAGCGGCUUGACGUACAGGUUCCUCGUCCGGCCAACACAGAUGCUCUGGCCUAGCCAGCUGGUCACGAUCACGCUCUACGAGACGCUCCACGGCGGCAAGAAGGACCAGCGCUCGAGCGACAGCUCGCAGAUGCAGUUCUUCCGACGAGCCUUCCUCGCCAUCUUCUCCUGGCAGUUCCUCCCGUCCGUCAUCUUCCCCGGCCUAAGCAGCAUCGCCAUCCUCUGCAUCCUCAACAAUCGAAGCUGGAUCAUGCGCACGCUCGGCAGCGGGUACAACGGAUUCGGGUGGUUCGUCGGUUCGCUAGAUUGGAGCGUUGUGGGUCAAGUCGGGCCUUUGUACACACCCUGGUUCGCCCAGUGCUCCUACCUCGCCGGAACCGCCUUCAACAUCUGGAUCGUCGCGCCGCUCUUGUACUUCUCCAACUGGUGGAAUGCGCAAGACUACGACUCGCCCCUCGCCGCCCACCUGUACAACGCGACAGCGGGACGACUGAACGUUCAUGAGAUCUUGAAUGCCGACCUGUCGCUCAACGAGGCGCGAUACGCCGAGGUCGGCCCGCUACGACUGACGCCUUACUUCGCCUUGACGUACGGGGUGUCAUUCGCCGUCCUCACGAGCGUCUUGACGAGUGUGGCUCUCUGGCAUUGGGACGACAUCCGUGCGGCUCUCUCGAGCAGGACAGGCGACUCGACCGAUGUCCACGUCGAGAUCGUCGAGCGCAACUAUCUGCCCGUGCCUAGCCUGCAUUACGUCGUCAUCUUCGGCCUCAACCUCCUCGCAGCGAUCGUCCUCCUCGCCUUUUACCCUCAGCUCCAGCUGCCGACAUGGGGUCUCCUCCUCUCCCUCUCGCUCGCACUCGUCUGCCUCGUCCCUAUCGGCAUCAUCUCCGCCAUCACGAAUACCACGAUCGGCCUGAACGUUCUCACCGAGUUCGUUGCCGGCUUCAUCUGGCCUGGCAAGCCCAUCGCCAACAUCUGCUUCAAGGUCUACGGCUACAUGUGCCUCCUGCAAAGCCUCGACUUGACGUCCGAUAUGAAGCUCGGGCUGUACAUGCAUGUCCCGCCUCGCGACCUCUUCGUCUGCCAGUGCUACGGGACUGCUGUCGGCUCCGUUAUCAACUUCCUCCUCAUCCGCGGGGUCAUCGCGGCAAAACGCCCCUACCUCGACGGCAGCAUCGCCGACCCGACUCAGCAGUGGGAUGGGCGGAAGCCGGAGAUCUUCUUCAGCGCAUCGGUGAUCUGGGGGUUGAUCGGACCCAAGCGCUUCUUCUCCGGCCAGUAUCACGUCCUCUACUGGGGCUUCCUCCUCGGCGCGCUCCUCCCUCUCGUGCCGUGGUACAUCUACAGGAGGACGGGCAAACCGUUCUGGAAGAAGAUUAGCGUUCCGCUCGUUCUCCAUGGCGCCAUCGCACCGCCUCAAACGCCAAUGAAUGUCCUUAUCCCCGGCUUCUUCGUCUCCUUUCUCUCGCAGUUCUGGGCUCUGCGCUACCAUACUCGCUGGUUCGAGAAGUACGCCUACGUCCUCUCGUCCGCGCUCGACGCCGGCACGAGCGUACAAGCCAUCGUCAUCUACAUCCUCGGCAUCUCGUCGUUCUGGGAGUGGUGGGGAAACUCGAGCAUUGACGUCGAGCAUUGCGUCCCGGGAUCUUGA